CAGCUCAGGCCAGCCGUGCGGCAGCUUCUCCCCUCGCCUCCCCCCCUCGUCUCCGCACAGAGAGGGCUCCUCGCUGCCGUGUGCCGGGCUUCACUUUCCCCUCUCGUCUCCUCUCCCAUGGCUCAGCGCGACAAGAAGGUGGAGGAGCCGACGGAGCUGCGCGCGCCGGAGCUCACGCUGUGCGCCAACAGCUGCGGCUUCCCGGGCAACCCGGCCACCAACAACCUCUGCCAGGCCUGCUUCCUGGCCGCCACGGCUUCCUCCUCCGCCUCCGCCUCCGUCUCGCCGCCGCCGCCCUCCUCCUCCUCCUCGUCGCCGGCGGUGCUCCAGUUCGACGAGCAGCAGCAGCAGCAAAAUCCGAGGCCGCGUGCGCCGGCGGCGUCCGGGCCCACGGAGGAACCGCCCAGGCCGGCCCGGGCGUCAGCUCCGGCUCCGGCUCCGGCGUCGUCCUCGUCCGUCCGCCGGUGCCAGACCUGCCGCAAGCGGGUGGGGCUCACGGGCUUCCGCUGCCGCUGCGGAGACCUCUUCUGCGGCGCGCACCGCUACUCGGACCGCCACGACUGCUGCUUCGACUACAGGGCCGCCGGCCGCGACGCCAUCGCCAGGGACAACCCCGUCGUGCGCGCCGCCAAGAUCGUUAGGUUCUAGGCGUCUCGGAUCCGGCCGGAGGAGCUAGCUAGCUAGCUAGGGGCGGGCACACACACGCACACGCGGUGAUGGGCGCCGAGAUCCGUCGCCGGUCCUCAUCGCCCUCUAUAGUCCGUCCCCCCUUCCUCUCCUCCUCUCCCUCUUUGAUUGUCCUCUCCUUUUCUUCUUGCUGUCAUCUAUUUUUAUUGCGAGGGGGAAAAAUGAUUUGAUGGUCACCGAUCGAUCCGUCCUUGGAGGGUGUUGGUUAUGUGUUGAUCGCCAUGCUGUUCUAGAAAAUUAUUCCGUCUACGAGGACGACGAUCGACGAGAAGCGUCGAAAAAGAGAGGGGAGAGAGAAUGAAGACGAAAAGAAUAGUGCGAUGAUAACGUUGUUGUUGUUGUUUGUAGCGGUGGUGGUGGUGGCUGGUGGAAGCGAUAUGGUUCGGUUCGGUUCGGUGUGCUCUUGUCCUGCUGCGAAUCACAAAUUCCUGUUGAAUUUUUUUUAUAUAUCUUUGUAUAAAACGAAAUUGAAAAUGUUUAUAUGGUGUGCCAUGACAGCUAUAAUACUACCCAUUUCAUUCGUGUU